AUGGACCAGCUGAGCCAUAGGACUAAUAUCAGAUACAAGGUUCCCACCGAUCAAGGAAUGCAUGCAACGAAUCAUUUACUAUUUGUGGAUGAUCUCAAGCUUCUUGCUACCGAGGAGGAUAUCAUGAAAGCUACUUCCGAAGAAGUCCAGAAGUUCUUUGAAAUAGUAGGGUUAGAGGUGAACCCAACGAAAUCAGCCACUAAUACUGAGCUUUGCGCUGAUAUGGCGGUACUCUUGGAAGGAACUCAAGGGUAUAAAUACCUCGGCAUAAUGGAGGACAGGACUAGCGCUCCGACUUGAGA